AUGGUCCCACGCAACGACACGCACGGCGAGGGCGGCAGCGAUGAGAUCAAAGCGGAAAAGGGAUAUGCCACGCUGGCCACCCUCACCAUCGGCACCAAACCGAUGGUAGAGAAGGAUGGCGGUCAGCGACGAGCCGAGAUCCUCUCCAUCCAAACACGCAAAGGCAAACCAACAUAUUACCUCCACUACGUCGAAUUCAACAAGCGUCUCGACGAGUGGGUGAGCGCUGAACGAAUCGACCUUACACAAGAAGUCGAGUGGCCUGUCCCCGAAAAGCCGGAAGUCAAGUCCAAGCAGAGGACCACCGCCACAUCCAAGACAGACUCCACGACAGACUCCAAGGCCCCUCAACCGAGCAGAUCACACAAACGCCCUCGCUCUUCCACUCUCACCCGCGAAGCAUCAGAAACACCCCAAGAUGGCCUUUCAGCCAAGACCUCUCGCCGACCCUCCUUCACCAGUGGUGGCAAAGGAAAAGAGAACCUCGACCCCGCCGCCCUCACCGUCGCCGCAGAAGAAAUCGGCGCCUCUCCGCAACCAGGCGACGACGACGACGAAGACGGUCUAAACAACACCAUCGACCUCGCCACCGCCGCCGCAGCCGCCAAAGCCGUCCCCUCCCACCACGGCCCCUACGACCCCCAGGCCGAAAUCGACCGCCUGCGUAUCGGCGGUAGCAUGACGCAAAACCAAACCGAAAUCUCCCGCGUCCGCAACCUCGAACGAAUUCAGAUGGGCACCUGGGAAAUCGAACCCUGGUACUUCUCCCCCUACCCGGCCGAGUUCACCGACAGCGACAUCGUCUACAUCUGCGAAACCUGCCUCUCCUAUCACGGCACCCUCACCCAAUUCCAACGCCACCGGUCAAAAUGCACCCUCCUCCACCCUCCCGGAAAUGAAAUCUACCGGGACGAAACAAUCUCCUUUUUCGAAAUCGACGGCCGGCGCCAGCGAACCUGGUGCCGCAACCUCUGCCUCCUCUCAAAAUUAUUCCUCGAUCACAAAACGUUAUAUUACGACGUCGACCCCUUUUUAUUCUACUGCAUGACGAUCCGCGACGCCCGCGGUCACCACCUCGUAGGCUACUUCAGCAAGGAAAAAGAAAGCGCGGAAAACUACAACGUCGCCUGCAUCCUCACCUUACCCCAACACCAACGCAAGGGCUACGGCAAACUCCUCAUCCAAUUCUCCUACGAACUCUCCAAAAUCGAAAACAAACUCGGCUCCCCGGAAAAACCCCUCUCGGACCUCGGACUCCUAGGCUACAGAGCCUACUGGGCCGAAAACAUCACGGACCUCUUACUCGAACGAGAGGCGGAGGGCACACCUAUGUGCAGUAUCGAGGACAUCGGGCAGGCGUUGGCGAUGACGACGAAUGACGUGCUGCAUACGUUGCAGAAUCUGGGCAUGUUGAGGUAUGAGAAGAAGAAUCAUGUGAUUGUGCUUACGGAUGCGGUGGUGGAGCAGAGGCGGGCGCAGAGGGAGAAGGUGGAGGCUAAGGGGGGAGUCGUGAGGAGGAUUGAGGGGGAGAGGUUGGGGGGGUGGAGGGCGCCGGUUUUUGGGGCGGGGGCGAGGAGUUGGAAUUGGUAG